CGUGGUUAUAUAUCUACAUCGGCCAUACGUCGGAACAAUCGGAACCUGUUCUUAAGUCGUUUUGUAAACAUUGGUGUGCUGUGUAAUUAAAAGUGAAAAAACAAACUUGAUUGUUAAAAAAAAAGUGACCAUGGAAACAAUACUGGAGCAGCAACGUCGUUAUCACGAGGAGCGAGAGCGUUUAAUGGACGCUAUGGUGAAAGAAAUGCUCUAUAAAAAAACUGGACAUCGCGAAGCCGUCAAUUCAGAGCAUCGUUUAAAAAUUCUCCUCGAUCAUUUUGAGGACAGUACUGCUCAACUCCAGGAUCUUUAUGAGGACAAGGAUAAUCAGAGAAAAGAUGAAGUUCAAGCUCUUUCAGGACCGAAUGAAUUUUCGGAAUUUUAUUCCAGAUUGAAGUCAAUCAAAGAAUUUUAUCGAAGACAUCCGAACGAAAUUAGCGUACCCAUGUCGGUGGAAUUCGAGGAACUCGCGAAAAUGAGAGAAAAUCCAACCGAGGAACUGGCAAAUUUAGUUGAAUUCACAGACGAAGAAGGUUAUGGUAAAUAUUUGGAUUUACACGAGUGUUAUGAAAAGUAUAUUAACCUCAAAGGCGUCGAGAAGCUUGACUACAUAACCUAUCUUUCGGUGUUUGAUCAUCUCUUUGAUAUUUCAAAGGACAGGAAAAAUGCAGAUUAUAGGCGUUAUGUGGAAUCUUUACUGGAAUAUUUGUCUGACUUCUUAAACAGAGUUCGACCACUGCACGAUAUUAACGCUGAUCUUGAGGAAGGAAAUAGGGAAUUCGAGAAACAUUGGGAAAAUAGUUCAUUCCCAGGAUGGCCAAAGGAAGCAGGAAGUGCCUUAACUCAUGUAGGAGCACAUUUAGAACUAUCUGCCUUUUCUUCUUGGGAAGAGUUGGCCUCUUUGGGACUUGACAGGCUUAAAUCUGCCCUCAUGGCACUUGGGCUUAAAUGUGGAGGAACUUUAGAAGAAAGAGCGCAAAGGCUCUUUAGCACAAAGGGAGAAGCUAGUCUCGAUCCUGCUUUACUCGCUAAGAAAAAGCACAGGAAAGCUGGAAAAGGAAAAGACGUUGAAAAGCAGAAGGAAAUCGCAAGGCUUGAGGCACAUAUCUAUAAACUUGCAGAGUUAGUAACAAGCCAAAGAAUCGCGACGAAAGAGAAUGUCCAAAGAAAGCAGGCACGAACCGAAGGUGAGCGAGGAGAUUCGGACGCAGACGCGAGUGCAACAGAUUCCGAAGACGAUGAUGACAACGAAGUUCCCUACAAUCCCAAAAACCUGCCCCUGGGUUGGGACGGAAAGCCCAUUCCAUAUUGGCUUUACAAGCUUCAUGGUUUGAACAUUAGCUACAAUUGCGAAAUCUGCGGAAACUUUACGUACAAGGGACCGAAAGCUUUUCAGAGGCAUUUCGCAGAAUGGAGGCACGCUCAUGGUAUGCGAUGUCUGGGUAUUCCGAAUACGGCCCAUUUUGCGAACGUGACUCAGAUCGAGGAUGCUCUAGCUUUGUGGGAGAAAUUGAAGGCACAAAAACAAGCUGAGCGAUGGCAGCCGGAGCAAGAGGAGGAAUUCGAGGAUUCAUCAGGGAAUGUCGUUAAUCGGAAAACUUACGAGGAUUUGAAACGACAAGGGCUUUUGUAAGAUAUUUCUCUUUUCAGAUACGCGAUAGAAUUUUGGAUUAAGUCUUAAACAAAUCUGAAAAAGAGGAUGAUUACGAAAUCAAAUUUUGUAAAAGUAAAGAAGAAUAAAUUAUACUUCAAAUUUUUUUGAAAACCGUUCA